AUGACAAUCCUAUUAAGGGUAAGAGUGAUUACCGUAUGGAUGGAGAUGAAAAAUAAUGGUACGGUGGAUGAUAAGGGAGACAAAGGUGAUCAUGGUGGUAUUGUUUAA